ACUGUAUGGACUGGAUAAAGAUUUGGUUGGGGCAGUUUGGGAAAAGUGUGAGUAUAUAAAGGGCGAAAUGUGUCGGGAAGAGAUUAGGGCGUAAAAGAAGAAACGAAGCCGUAGAAGAGGGCUCUUUCUUGGUGGAGCAAACUUAUCCUAACGAACCACGAUGGAUCGGUACCAGAGAGUCGAGAAGCCGAGAGCUGAGACGCCGAUUGAUGCGAAUGAGAUUCGUAUUACGAGUCAGGGAAGGAUGCGCAACUAUAUCACCUAUGCCAUGAGCUUGCUUCAAGAGGAAAAAGGUUCAAGUGAAAUUGUAUUCAAGGCAAUGGGAAGAGCCAUCAACAAGACAGUGACAAUUGUGGAGUUAAUUAAGAGAAGAAUUGUUGGCCUUCAUCAGAAUACUUCAAUUGGAUCCACCGAUAUAACCGAUACAUGGGAGCCCCUGGAGGAAGGCCUCCUUCCAUUGGAAACCACGAGGCAUGUGUCAAUGAUAACAAUAACCCUUUCAAAGAAUGAACUGAAUACAUCCUCUGUUGGGUACCAGGCUCCAUUACCCGCAGAGCUGGUGAAGCCAUCUACAGAGUUUGAUUAUGAUGGAGAGGGUUCACCUAAUGGUCGAGGUUGGGGCCGUGGUGGCAGAGGAAGGGCAAAAGCUAGAGGGAAUGGUUUUGUGGCAGCUGAUUAUGAGGAUGGAGGUUGGGACCGCGGUCGGGGCAAUGCAAGGGGUAGGGGUCGUGGAAGAGGACGUGGUUUCCGUGGCCGUGGAAGGGGAUGGUAUGGUGGACCUCAAGUUGAUACACAGCAAGAGGGAGGAUACCAUCGAGAAGCACCUGCUCAAGGCCGUGGACGAGGCCGUGGGAGGGGAAAUCGUGGAAGGGGCCGUGGCUUUAGAUCCAAUGGACCGAUCCAGGCAGCUGCAUGAGACAUUGAGUGGGCUUCCAAGAGCACAUUGGAAAUGACUCGAGUUAUGGAACUUUCUGAUCUAUGUUUCAUUCUCUCUUGUUAGUACCAUUUAUGGUCCUGUGCUAGUACUUAUUGUAGGUCAUAUUCAUAUGUUAGUGCUGUAGACUUAUAAGUUUGGAAUUCCCAAAUGAGGCAAACCCUUUUUGUUGUAGAUUUAGGUGACAUGCUUGGACAGUUGUAAUUUUCCAUUUUGAUUGAGCCGCAUUCUUUUAUUUUUGUUUGGAGA